AUGGAAUCUUCCGGAAAUCCUAAAAAGCAAGAAGAAAAUGUAAAUGAAAAAGCGGAUAGUGAUAGUAACGCAUUUAAUUCGCCGUCAAAAAACCAACCGCCUAAUAAUGAAAACAGCUUGGAACAGUCUACUAGUCAACCUAUCAAUAACAAGAAUAGCAAGGAUGAGAACAAAAUCAAAGUUAUUUUUCACGCUCAUUUUCCAGAAAAUACUUUUAAAAUUGGGCAUCCCGUAAUUUUUGGUGACGGAAAAGAGUUAGGUUCUUGGGAGCAUCCCAAUAUUAAACUUCAACAACCAUUUCCUCAAAUUCCAACGUAUUGGCAAUCUAAUCCAGUUAAUAUUUCUUUAUCAAAUAUUGCUGAAGGGCAUGUCAUUCAAUAUAGAUAUGCUAUUCAUACAAUGGAAGGAAAAAUUGUAUUUGAAGGAGAUAAUCGAAUUUUGGAUACUGCGAGAAAUGAUCAAUUCGGAAUAUGGAAGAACACUCAAGCUUUGCGUAUAUCCUUGGAGAAAAUUCAAGACUUUACUUUUGUCAAUUAUAUUUAUAAUUCUAUCAAUGCUGAUAACCUUAAAGAUAAAGUCAUGCAAUUUCAACAUUUAUUAGCUAAUCACGAAGAUCUAACAAUUCGAAAUCAUAUUCAAAGACAAACUAUGCCUUACGAAUUAUCAAAUGAAUUUCCAUCCGAAUUAUUACUUGAUGCACUAGAGGGAUAUAAACAAGAUAUUUUACCUCUAGACACCAGAGAUCAAAUGUGUAUUGCCAUUACAGCUUUAGUCCACCAUAAUGCUUUUCAAAUGCAUUUCAAUUGGCUCAAGGUUUUUAAAAUCGCUGCAAAAGUCGACCCUAAAUAUACCUUUAUUGAUCGUUUAAGAGCUUUAAUGUAUCCUAAUGAUAGUCUAUUAGAAACAUUUGUUAAAGGAGCCGAAAUUAUUAGGCCCUAUAUCGAUGGAAUCGAUUUUGAAGCUUAUGUUAAACUUGCCAAGGCACUUUCUCACCUUUGGAGUGGUGUUCUUUUGCAUAAUGCCGAGUUUGAUAGAAAUAUUUUCAAGUGCUUUGCUAAUCGAGUUCAGGUGAAUAUUUCCGAUGAUGAUGCUAUUGCUCUGGACGCUCAUUUUAAGGGACUACCUCAAAGUUGUCGUAGUGAAGUUUCCGGAGUUUUCCGGGAUCAUGCUUUAUUAUUGCUUAAAAAUCCAAGCAGCAAAUGGACUGAUCAAAACAUAUUCGCUAUACGAAAACUACUUCAAGAUGUUAAUCUAAACUGGAACGGCGAUGACGUCAUACUUGCAUUGGAGUUGAUAUCCAAAUCUAAUGAUUUUGGAUUAUUGGGUAUCUUUCCGGAACUUUUGGAUGGGUGGUUUCGCAAGGACUUUUCUGAUCCUAAAAAUAGGAUACAAAAUAUUUGUGUGAAUUGGUUUACGCUCUUUUUGAUCAAACUGAGUACAAAUAAUCAAUAUGCUCCAAAUGAAGGUGCCUUCGUUUUUUUGGUAUUUCAACAAUUAGAACGUAUGCAUCCUUUGCUUGGCCAGAGGAUUAAUAUUUGGCGAGAUAUAACAAAAAUUGCCAUAAAGAGAGUAAAGAAAUGCUCAGAAGCUCAAAUCUUUACCGCAACAAAAUUAGUAGUGCAUUUAAAACGUGACGAAUUCAAAAAUUUAUUUGUAGAGUUGGUCAAAAAAGUAUUAAGCAAGACAGUUCAAAAUAUCGAUGAUCAAUUAAUAGAUAAACUGCUUGUAAUUUGUAAUUGUGUUGAUAAGACUAAACCUUUACUUGUUCCUAAUUUGAUGUGCGAAGAGAUUUUAUGCCACGUAAUGAUCAAAUUGCAAAACAAAUCGAUAGCGUCCAGCCGCUCGGAACAUCAUUUAAAUACUUUAAAUGAUAGGAAAUUUUGGAACGUUAUAUUAUGCGCUACUGGGAGUGUUGAAAACCUUAACUUAAACUCAUACGUUAAACAUAUUAAAGCGUCUAUAUACGAACUUGGCAAAUUGCUUAUUGAAAGAACUAUUGACAUAAAAUCAUUACAACAAAUUUUGAAAUAUUCAGACGAAGAAUUAUUCAAACAUCUUAACGCAACUUCAGGUGUGGUGAUCUCUCUGGAUGAAAUUGUGAGGGUUAGAGAGCUAUGUCAUAAUUUUCAACUUCAAUCCGAUAUACUUUUCAAGUUUUAUGAAAGAUUUUGUUCUACUGCUCAAGAUGUGAAUGUUUAUUUACAGCAAAUACAAAGUUCCGACAGGGCAAAUUUGAGACAGGGUUUAACAGCAGAUUAUUGGUUAUUCCAUGAGAAAACGAUCAAUAGCGCAAAACUUUGCUAUAAAUUCAAUCAGUCUCAAACUUUUCAAAAUAUAUUUGAAAUUUGUCUCCAGGAAGAUGCUGCUGCUAAAAAAGUAGAAUAUAUAGCAAAUACGUUGAUGCCAACUGUUUUUAAAAAAUAUAACGCCUUCUGUGUGCAAUUUAGAGAGUGGGAAAAAAUUAAAUGUUCAGAUGCAUCCUUAUUUUGGAAAAAUGUGACAAAUUUCAAUGUAGAACUCGAUUUAAUGGGUGGAAAUGAGACCCUUAGAGAUAAUAGUUUUGUACAAUCCCUUGAUCACGUUUCAAAAAUUCCUCAAUGGAUUGAACGCCUUGAACGACUAGAUAAAGUUGCAUAUAUUUUCAAUAUUCCACGUGAUACUGAUGAUUGGUUGUCGAAAUUUAUUCGUAUUUUAAAGGACGAUUCCAGGAUGCUCGGACAAAUAAAUAAUUUUUUCGAUUAUCUUUAUAGCAAUCUCUCUAGAGUUAAUAAUGAUUGUUGGAAAUUGAUAAGCGAAUUAUCUGAUGCUGAUGAUUUUAUGAGUUUCUUGAAGGAAAUUGCCCAACAUGAUAUUACAAACUUGAUCAAUGUUAUAGAUGAAAAUGCAGAUGAAAAAUUGGUCAAGGAGGAGGAAACGGCUUCUUCGCUUAUUCAAGUCAAGCAAUUUUUAUUUCCAUUAAUGGAUAAGAAUAAUAUGGAAACUGUUGCUGAUAUUUUGGACGCGUUAUCCUUAAUUAUUAAGAAAAAUUCCACUUUAAGAGAGAGGAUUAUUUUAUGUAAAAGUAGUAAUAUGGCAUUACAAAACAUGUAUAAUAGUAUUUCAACCCGUGGCAAAAUUACCAAGGAAAAAAUUAAGAAUGCCGUAAAUAAUGGAAUUUAUACCUUUAAACGUGAUGAGAAGGAAGAAAAAUGUACCGUAACAUUAGUUUUUACCUCCAAGACAGAGAUAAUUUAUAAUUUGAAUGAAAUUUUGGAUUUACGCGGACGAGCUCUUUUAAUUGUGAAAACUAUAAUUAAUGAUAAAGAUAUGGAAUUGCCAAAGAAUGUUGCUGAUGAUUUUAUCACUCAAGUUGAUACUGCACAAGAAAUAAUUAGUGUGGUAUCCGCAUUAAUCCAAACGGGACAUUUUGAUUAUCAAAGUUUUGAAAAGAAAUUGCGUGGAACAAUAUCUAUGAAAAAGUUUUUAAAAUACUCAAAAGAUGAGCUUAAAAAAUGGGAAGAUAUAGUAAAUAACGCACAAAAAGGGUGUUAUUAUUUAACAUUCUUCCCUGCUCGUCACAUCCUAACAUUCUACGCUUAUUUUAUAUCAGAAAAACAAUUAGAUAAUGAUAAUGAAGAAAAAUGUAGAACGUUGAUUAGAUCUAUAAACAGCAAAGUUCAAUUACCAUCUCGUAAAGAUUAUCUUGAAAUUCUUUGUGAAAUUGGUGACGGAUUAAAAAGAAUUUUUAGAAAUGUUCCAAAACAAACGCGUGAAUUUACAAUUACUAAACAACUCAUAAUGUCAGAUAUCGUUACAAAGGGUAAAUUGUUCGUUGCGGCUUGUACUGACAAGUCUCGAGUUCCAAACAUUAUCAUGUCAUUAUACGCAAAUCAUGGAUUUUAUCCCGAACCAUGGCAACUCUUAAUAUGUACUUCAACUACUACACCGGAAGAGCUCUCGAUCUUUAUCAAAAGAAGUUUUUUUGCUUCAAAUAAUGGAUAUGAGAAUCACUUAUUCUGUAUCGCAAAUUUAGAAGAAUUAGAGAUUGAACUACAAUUUAUUUUAAUUGAUCAAAUUAGAAUAUUGCGAGAAAGUUACAAUCAAUAUCUUUUGGCACUUAUCUGUUGCAAAGAAACUGAGAUGUACAACUAUAUUUUAGAUCAAUCGUCCUUAGAAGUUCAUUCAACUAACGGGCUAGACACUGAAGAAAUGAGAGAAAUCUAUCAAGAAUUAUGUCAGAAUGUUAUAUGUGUAACAUCAGACUUAUCCGGGCAAGGUAAAACCGAGUGGAUCAAAGAAACUAGUCUGAUUAAAAACCAAGUUCCGCGUGGAUUUUUGAUAAGAGAUGGUAUGGAUUUUGGUACACUUUUGCACCAAUUCAAAGAGUGUAAACUUCGACCCGAAGAAAGUUUGCAUAUUAAUAUAGUCACUUCGGACCACCCUGAAGAUGUCAAUAUGUUUUUAUUCGAGUUAUUAACCUUGGACAUAGCUUCUUCCAAUAUCGAUUCAGCUUGUAUUUCAUCUUCAGAAACACCUACGUGCAUAUUUAUCGAAGUAGCUUCAACUUCACAACAACGUUUGCUUAAUUCUCUUCCUAUGACGAGAUAUCUAUUGUCCAAACAUUUAACUUGGAACAUAGAAAAUUUGAGAAUCUCUCAACAAAUUAAUAGUCCAAUUCAGAUUACUUGUCAUUAUUUGAAUUUAUAUGAUCACAACGAGAUAGAUGCUAAAGAAAUCCUCCUCCGAAAUGAUGCGAUCAAAAAACCGAUAUCAGUAGAACGUUGCCGGAACCUUAUCGAGAAAUAUUUUUUUCAUGAAAAUUCCAGUGAUGUUUCAUCAUUUAGAUUCGUUGAAAUCUUUGUUAAUGUUCUUGCAGAACAAUUAGUUCAAUUAUCAACUAGUCAAUUUUUCUCUGUGGAUAAUCUGAAAUUAAUGAUGAUAAAAGAAGCUAAUAUUGGAUCUUUAAUAGUUGGUACUUUGAUGGUGGUCUCAAAAGAUCUCGCAAUUAGAUCUAUCCAAAUGAAGGCUUCACAAUUAGAAUCUCUGAAUAGCGAAAAUGUUCGUCUUGGAACGAUUGCUCAUUGGGAUGAUUCAGAUAAACUUAUGGUAUUCUUCAAUUCCAAAAUCCCAUAUUUGCUUUAUCGUGAUAGUUCAAAAGUUCACGACAGUGUUAAGACUUUAUUCAAAAGCCAAGUAAUCGGGGAUCGAACUGAAUGGGAAUUGGAUGAUAUUAAUGCGAUUCCUGCAAAUGCCAUCUUCGCAAUAUUAGAAGAAUUGGCACAAAGUUCGACGGAAAAAUUAAAACUACCUGAAUAUGCUUUAUCUAGAGAUAAUUUAAUAAAGAUGGCACUAAUUCUUUUCCGAGCACAUGCCAAUAUUCCAGUUAUAGUUUGCGGUGAAGCAGGGUGUGGCAAGACAAGUUUAAUUGCAUACUUGGCUAUAUUGUCCGGAGUGCAAUUUCAAGCUCUUAACCUUCAUGCCGGAAUUAAUGAAGGAACUAUCAUGACAUUUAUAGAUGACGCUUUGAAAAAAGCAGAAAAGGGAGAGAUUUGGUUAUUAUUUGAUGAAAUCAACACUUGCAAUCACAUGGGCUUACUUGCAGAUUUAAUAUCUCGUAGAAUAUUUAAUGGUAAACCUAUACAUUCAAAUAUUCGUUUAUUCUCUGCUUGCAAUCCAUAUCGUCUUCGUACAAGUGCCCAAAGCGUAACUGGAUUAACAAAUAAGCCUAAAAAGUAUGAACAACAUGGUAAUCUUGUUUAUCAAGUCAAACCACUUCCCGAUCAAAUCUUAGACUAUGUAUGGGACUAUGGUAUUCUAAAAUCAGACGAUGAAUGCAAAUAUAUUCAGACAUUGGUCGAGAGAGAAUUGAAAGAUCUAGCACAUCCAGUAUUUAUAGAGCUUUUAUUCGCUUCGCAGAAAUUCAUUCGUAAGGUUGAAGAACCAUAUAGUGUUAGCUUACGUGAUGUCAAGCGAGCCAUAACAUUAAUGAAAUUCUUUUAUAAUUCUCUUGAGAAUCGUCCGCCUUUAAGAAAAGGACUUAAAUAUCCACCACCUGGAAAUCCAACCAUAACAACUAGAUCAUACAUUUUAGCAAUCAGUCUUUGUUACCAUUCUCGAUUAUGUGAUCAUGAAAUGCGUAAACAAUAUCGUCAUGAAAUGGAACAAAUCUUACAAAAUCAUAAAGUUUAUGAAGGAGAAAACAUGUUCUCUAGAAUUACUCGUGAAGAGCAGGAAGAUUAUAUUAAUAGAAUGAAGUGCCCACCUAACACGGCAAAGAAUGAAGCAUUAUUAGAAAAUAUAUUGUCUCUGAUUGCAUGCAUCUUAACCAGAAUUCCUUUGUUUUUAAUCGGGGCUUCUGGCUUGGCUGAAAAAAGUCCUUUCAAUCCUUUAAAAGUACUUCAUUCUUUGCUCGAACCGAGUUAUCCAGCAAAAGGACCCAACGUAUCGGUUAUUGGAGUAUCAAAUUGGCGCUUGGAUAAUAGUAAAAGCAAUCGCGCAUUACUUGUUCAUAGGUAUUGA